AUGGCAGAAGGUCUUAUUAAGAUACAAGUUAAUUUACAAAAGUCUAUUCAAAAAGCAUUUGUAAAUUUUAAUAAGUCACCUAAACAAAGAGUUACUCUAGAGUAUGUAGAAGUUAGAGCAGAUAAUUUAGAUAAAGACUGGUUACUUUUUCGUUCGAAUCAUUAUAAAUUGUUAGAAGAAUACUAUGAUAAAAUAGAAAAUAACGAGUAUUUUAAAAAUGAAAUUUAUGAUAGUGUUGAAGAAACUUAUAUGGAAUAUCGCGCUUUAUUAAAAAGUACCUCAAACAAAUUAGCAGUUAAAAUCAAAGAAACUGAUUCAAAUAAAAGUGACCAAUCUAAAGGUAAUAACAGUUCUCUUAUAAAAUUACCCAAAAUUUCAAUACCUUUAUAUUCAGGAAAAUAUUCUGAAUGGAAUAGCUUCAGAGAUUUGUUUAUAUCGCUCAUUCAUAAUAAUAAUACUCUCGAUAAUGUGCAAAAAUUACAUUACCUCAAAAGUCAUUUAACUGGUGAAGCCGAGCAAUUAAUACGGCAUACUCCUAUAACGGACUCUAAUUAUAGUCAAUGUUGGUCUCUAUUAGAAAGUAGAUAUAACAAUAAAAAGUACUUAUCAAAUUGUAUUUUUAAGCGAUUGUUUAGUCAAAAAAGAAUGUUUGUGGAGUCCGCUUCGGCACUAAAAGACCUUUUAGACACUACUACAGAGUGUCUGCAUGCUUUACAAAAUUUAAUGAUAGAUGUGAGCACCUGGGAUUCUAUAAUAAUUUAUGUUGUAACUUACAAACUUGAUCCGGAAACCCGUAAACAAUGGGAACUGAAGGUUUCAAGUGAUGAAAGUACGGAAUUGCCAACGUUGCAUCAGUUCAAGAACUUUGUUGAAAGUCGUUUCAAAGCCUUAGAGUGUAUUGAGUCUAAAAAAGUACCAGUACAAAAUAAUAGUUCAUAUUCACAAAAAUCUAAUACCAAGGUAAUGUUGGCAACGCGUAAAACGAAUUCAUUUUCUAAUUUUCAGUGUGAAUAUUGUUCCGAUAGUCAUAAAAUGUGCUUCUGUAAGAAAUUCAUUGCUUUAGACUAUGAACAGAGGCGUCAGUUUGUAGUAAAUCAUAAAAUUUGCUAUAACUGUCUUGGUGGAAAUCAUACAACGCUUCAAUGUCUCAAACCAACAUCUUGUCGUGUAUGUAAAAAGAGGCAUCAUACGUUAUUACAUUCGGAUUCAGGAUGUAAGACAGAUGAGUCCACUAGCCAUAAUCCCAAACCAAGUACCUCUUCGGAAGGUACAAUUUCUUCAAAUAACAGUACACCUUUAGUUUCAUGUUUUGCCACAACCAGGAUCACAAAACUGAGACAAGUAUUACUUGCGACAGCCUUAGUGAAAGUUCAGUCUGCGUCAAGUAAUUUUCAAAUUCUACGAGCCUUACUAGAUCAGGGCUCUCAAGCUUCCUUUGUAACAGAAGCGACAGUUCAAUUCUUACGAUUAAAGAAAACACCUAUUAACGGUACGGUGUCUGGACUCGGUGACAAUAAAAAUAUUGUAUCCAGAUAUAUGGUAUCAAUCGUAUUACAGUCCUUAACCGAUGUUAAUUUCGAGAUUAACGUCAAUGCAUACGUCCUGAAAAAUAUUACUUCGUACUUACCGGAACGGAAACUCGAAGAAUUAAACUGGACAGUUUUAGAACAGUUACCAUUGGCAGAUCCACAAUUCAAGGCGCCCAAUAAGAUAGACAUCUUACUUGGAGCAGAUGUUUAUGCCAAAGUACUUAAAGAAGGCAUAAAAAAGAACCAAACUGGAUCACUUGUAGCACAGUGCACUAGAUUAGGCUGGAUUCUCUCUGGUACAGUACACUCUGAAAACACAGAUCAAAAUAAAAUUAAUAAUAGUACAAAACAGAUCACUACUAUGCAUGUGCAGGUUAAUGAAAAUGAUAUCCUUAAAAAGUUCUGGGAAAUAGAAGAACAAUUAUUAUCUAAUAAAAGUGAAAAAAUACUUACUGAUGAAGAGCAACAGUGCGAAAAUCUAUUUACAAACACUACAAAAAGGACGAAGGACGGAAGAUAUGUGAGAAUUGUAUGGGGAGACGAGCCUGAGGACGAAAUAAAAGAUUAUGAGUUAAUUACUGUCACGUUUGGGACUGCUUCGGCACCUUACCUGGCAGUAAAGACAUUACAUCAAGUAGCUAUAGAUGAAGGUGAAAAUUAUCCUUUAGCAGCAGAACUAAUACCAAAUUCUUUUUAUAUGGAUGACCUAAUGACAGGCUGUUCUACAGUACAAGAUGGAGAGGUAUUAUACAGGGAAAUGUCAGAUUUAUUGAACAAAGGUGGUUUCGAGUUACAAAAAUGGAACACUAACAACAAAGACCUUUUAAAGGUAUUUCAGAAAGGUGAAAAUAAGCGUAAUAAUAGAGAAGAAAAAUAUGUGGGAAAAGGAGAGACUACAGGGGAUAAAGAAGAGAAGAAUAAAGUAGAAGAGAACAUAGAAAACAAGAAAGAAAAGGACAUAUUCGAUACUACAAAAAUAUUAGGACUUACCUGGUCUCCUUCCGACGAUAUCUUCAAGUACUCGGUGCACCUGCCUCCAAAAUCAGCAUCUGUAACGAAAAGAAACAUAUUAUCAGACAUAGCGAAAUUGUAUGAUCCUUUGGGAUGGAUAGCACCUACGGUAAUAUUAGCAAAGAUACUCAUACAAAGGCUUUGGUUGACAGGAAUGCAAUGGGACGAGGAAGUACCAACCGUUCUACAACAAGAAUGGCAUACUUACCGAAAUGAGCUCACAAAACUUACCGAAGUUCGCAUCCCUCGAUGGUUAGGCAUAACACGAAAUGAUGUUUCGGUAGAACUUCACGGUUUCAGCGAUGCGUCGAAGUCAGCAUACGCUGCAGUUAUUUAUACAAGAUCAGUCAGUAGUACAGGAGAGAUUAGUGUAUCGUUGCUAGUGGCCAAAACUAAAGUAGCACCUAUUAAGCAAAUUAGUAUACCGCGCCUUGAACUUUGUGGUGCAUUACUAUUGGCACGUCUAUUAGCUGAAACAGCAAGAGCAUUAAACAUUUCGAAGGAAUCUGUGCAAGCUUGGACCGAUUCUACUGUCGUAUUAGCUUGGCUAAAUAGUCAUCCAUCAAGGUGGAAAACGUUUGUGGCUAACCGUGUGUCCGAGAUUUUAACCACACUUGAUUCGGACCAAUGGGCGCAUGUAUCUUCGAAAGACAAUCCUGCAGAUUGCGCCUCCAGAGGAAUUCAACCAGGCUCUCUAGCAGACUGUAGUCAGUGGUUUGAAGGACCACAAUUUCUGCGAAGUAAAAAUAUUGUAUAUAAUCGUCCAAAAAAUACAGAUAUAACUUUAGAAGAAUGUAUUAAAUCUCAUGUUACAAUAGAAAAAUUAGAAUCUCCCUGGAGUAAGUUUUCCUCCUUAAACAGGCUGCUAAGAGUAGUAGCAUACUGUAAACGAUUUAUAAGUAAAGAAAAAAGUAAUAGAACUAAGUACCUGAAAAAGAUAGAAAUAGAUCAAGCAUUAAAAUGUUGUAUAAAAGAAUGUCAAAAAAGAGAAUUUAAAGAAGAGUACACACAACUUACAAAAAUGGGCUAUAUAAAGGAUAAAACAAGUAAAAUAAAAUCACUGUGCCCUUACCUUGACGAUGAUGAUAUAAUCAGGGUGGGUGGUCGACUUCAGCAUUCAGCACUUCCAGAUAAUACGAAGCAUCCAAUAGUUCUUCCUCAUGAUGAUCACCUCACUAAACUUAUUGUAGCAAGUGCUCACUCCCGUACUUUACAUGGUGGUCCUCAGUUAAUGCUCAAUUUCUUGAGAUCAGCUUAUUGGAUUGUCAGAGCCAAAAGUUUAGUCAAACAGCAUGUACACAAUUGUGUUACUUGUGUCAGUGUGCAAUCAAUCUGCAAUCAAGUAUGGAGUGACAAUGGCACUAAUUUUGUUGGAGCCGCACGAGAACUAAAGGAAUUAUCUGCAAUCCAAAGCCAAAUUUCAGAACAUUUGGAGAAUUUGGGCACGGAAUGGCAUUUCAUUCCACCACACGCUCCAAAUUUUGGCGGGAUAUGGGAACGUGUCGUGCGCUCAACCAAAUUCCAUCUAAGACGUGUCAUUGGUGAGUCCACUCUUACAUAUGAAGAAUUAAGUACAUUCCUGACGCAGGUUGAAGCAUGUUUGAAUUCCAGACCAAUGACAGUUAUAAGUGGUGAUGAUUAUGAUGUACCUGUGCCAUUAACCCCAGGACAUUUUCUGAUUGGGGGACCAUUGGUAGGCGUUCCUGAUAAUGACUAUCAACUUUCUCAAAUAAGUUUCUUGAAUCGAUGGCAACUAGUACAAAGAAUGUUACAGAAUUUCUGGCAGCGGUGGUCAUCGGAAUAUUUGAGUACGUUGUUCAAUCGGUAUAAAUGGGCUCGUCAAGUACCAGAACCUAAAGUCGGAGACGUAGUUCUAGUCAAAGAAGAUGAAUUACCUCCUGGUCGCUGGUUACUUGGCCGGGUAGAACAAAAACACGUUGGUACUGAUGGUUUAACCCGGGUGGUCACACUACGUACUGAGAAAUCUCUUUUAAAAAGACCUACAAGUAAAUUAUGUAUUUUGCCAGUAAACGAAUGA